AUGCCAAAAAGAAAGACCAAAACCAGUAUUCCUUUUAAUGAAGAAAAGAGUUCGAAUGAUCUGAUUACAAAUCUCGAACAUUCUAUCCAUGCUCAUUGUUACGAUCAGUUUCUAGCCGAUCAUGUCAUAAAGUCACUUUUUGAUGCUAACAUAGGAAAAAAAUGCAGAACUCUCCCAGAUUCAGCAAAGAUUGAAGACAUUAUCAAAUUAUGCGAAGCUGAGGAAGCAGCCUUAACUGAAGAAAAUAUAUGCAACCAAAGCAUUUUCUACUACACGAUGAUAGCAGCUCAUACAUCAUUUAUGCUUCACGAGGAACUCAAAUAUUUUCAAAACCGUACAUCACCAGAAGUUUCAUUUAUAGACCACGACACCACAUCGGAAACAUCUAUGGCAUUUACCGUCAUUCUUCUCGUCCUGUCUUCCGUUGGAAUAUUUACCACAACUCUUCUUCUCUACGGACUUUAUAGAGAUUCCAAAUAUAUGCUUAUUCCGUGGAUAUGUAACAUCGUCGUAUUUAUCGCAGCGGAUUUCACUUAUGUCAUAUACAGUCUUAUAGUCCAUGCGGUGCAGUGGAAUCCUCCUGCGGCAAUUAUAAUAACGAUAGAUUUCUUUUUAAAUUCUUUACAUAUUUAUAGUCUUCUCUGUGUGAUAUCUCAGUACCAAGAACUUAAAGCCGGUAGGGGUAGAGCCUUAGACGACCAGAUAUACAGGGUACCAAAUGUGCAUUAUAGUUCGCAACCGACUGCAACGAGCUACUUGAGUUCAAGGAAGCAAGUGACGUAUUACGAAACAAAACCAACUCCUACGCAAAGUCCAACAGGAGCAGUUCCUUCGCCUUCGAUAAUCCCGGACAUCUUGUCGCCAAAUAUGAGCAGCGCUAGAAGAGGCUCCAGGAAAUCGGUCAAAUUUCCUGACAGUAAUCCUACGCAGCACAACGGAUCCCAACUUUUGGACCCGUGGUCGAUAGAAGUGCGAUCUCCGAUGAUGGUGCCGCGAGGUAUCGAUACAGCACCGUUACUAGACUCUGGUGCGACGCCAGUGACACAAUCGAGUGUAUAGUAGUAGCACAGUCCGUAUUUGUUAAUAUUUUGUUAAUAAUAAAAUUAGAAAACACAC